UUCUUCUCAUUCCCAAAAAAAAUUUGGCACCGCACUGUCGAAAAUUGAAUUUAGUAUGCAAAACAAAAUCAAUUUUUCAAAUUAUCUCAUUAAUAACUAACUAAAAAUUUCCAUAAUAAAAUUCAAAAUAAGCGAAACGGUCAAAAUUCUGCGUAAAAUUUCCUACAAUCCAUCAUGCAUUCUAGACAAAUUCCAAGCGAGGUUUUAUGGGAAAAUUUCCUCGUCGGUGACAUGGGCUCAUCCGUCAAAUCUUGUCCGGCGUAAGAGGCGAAGUUUUGUACCAGUUGCCGGCUCUGGAAAAAUGUCACAGUAUGGGCCCAAUUCUAAAAGGAACUCAUAUCAGGGUGACCCAAGUUGCCGCUCCUGCACUGAUUUCAAGACAUGGACGAAGCGGCAGCGCGAUGCAUUGCACAUGUCAUCCUCAGCGGCGGGAACGAAUGAAAACAAACAACAGAUACCUCAGGUCGAAACGCAGAACCAGUAUCGCGAUUGCCCGUUGGACAAGAAUGAACUGGGCCGGGCGACCUGGGGACUUUUGCAUUCCAUCAGCGUGACAAUUCCGGAACAUCCCACCGAGACGCAGAGGCGGGACCUAGUGAACCUGAUGAACUCUUUGGCACAAUUUUAUCCAUGCGAAUACUGCGCCCGUGACUUGCGGAAUGAAUUAAUCAAGGAACCAGUAGACGCCUCAUCCCAACACAACUUUGCUCAGUGGCUGUGCAGACUGCACAACAGAGUCAACACGAAGAUCGGCAAACCUAUUUUCGAUUGUUCGAAGGUGUACGAGCGGUGGAGGGAUGGUUGGCUGGACGGAUCGUGUGAUUAACUCCUCCCAUAGUGCGCGGUUGCGGCACAUGGUUUCGGCGUCUUAUUUUUUAUUAGAAAAUUACCUCAAUGUCUAUUAUAGCAGAAAGUCUUUUUGAACAAAUUGAUUUUAUUCAAA